AUGUCGGGCGCGACCUUUAUAUCGAUAUUGAACCUCAUCGCCCUCGUCGCCGCCUCGUACAUAGACGACGGGGCGUUCAUGAAGCCGAAGAUGGAGAAGACCAACAUAGUCAACAAGGGCGUGUGGAUAAAGAGGACUGACGACGACCAGCCCAUCAAGACGGCAUCGGGCGACUUCAUAUUCAGGUCGAGCUCGCUGGACGCAGACAGCCUACUGCACAACAACUUCGACCCGUUCGGCGACAACUUCGCACGCGACUCGAUGAUGGCCCCCAAUUACGUUGAGCGGAGCAAACGGUCAGCGAAUGGUGCCUACGAUAUCAAACCUUCAAACUACACUCAAAAUAUACAGAACCCUAUCCUUGACAUGGAUCAUUUGGUAAAGACCGAAGCGUACGCCUUAAUAAAUAGAAGUAGUACUAUUGCUUAUCGGAAUGCAACAAGCGUGAUUCCUAAACGCAGCAUGCAAAAUGACUAUGAAUCGGAAAUCAUCAAGAAGAUCGAACUAACUGAGGAGGGGAACAAAACGGAGGAGAGCUACGAGACAAAUAAAAUGGAUCGAAACGUGUUUGAAAACGAAGAUCGUGCCUGGCACCAGACCGCACCAAUGACUGACGUGAAUAAUUACAAAAUAUUACCUAAGAAUGAGGAUAACAAGAAUAAGAACAGGCCAAUUACCGAAAAGGGCUUAGUUAAAGUACUGUCAAUGCUAACGAAGACGUUUAAAAAGGUCAUGAAACAACAUAAUGAUAUUAAAAAAAUACAUACCAAAUUAUCUUCCAUAAACGAGGAGUUUAUGAAAAACGCCCAAUUGCUGAUGACAAAGUUCCAAGACUUCGACGUGAAGUACUUAUAUUUGAUGAAGUUUAAUGAGCACCUUAAAGAAUUGGAGGCUAAGCUACGCGGCAAGGAGGAAUUCUACAAAAGCAAAGAAGCCGAGCUUACGAAGAACCUAGCGGAAUUCGAAAAGCAGCAAAAGAAGUUUUUGGUGCAACAACAGCAAUUUUACAACAUACAAAAGCUGAUGCUGGCGCAAAACGAGAAAAUCAACCUGAAACAAAACUUGAUCGCAAAGACGCAGAACGAAAUAUCGCUGAGGCAAAACAAUUUUGCGCGAAUAUUGAAGAAGGCGAAGCAAAUAUACAUCGACACUAAAAAUCCGAUACCGCAAAAGCUAAGCGCUAUAUUGUCAAAACCCAAAGAAAGCGGCGAAAGGCGUAACAACGAUAUAGAAAAGACAACAACCACUAGGACGACGGACACGCCAAAUACCGAAUCGAUCAAAAUUAAUCUAUUCUCCGUUCCAACAAUGACUCAUAUCGAAAAUUAUGAUAAUGAGAUAUUGAAAGAAAGAGACGACCAUUCCGUGGACGAUUUAAUUUACAAAUACUAUUUCAACAACACAUACAUAGAUGUGUUAAUGAAAAAUAAAGUCUUAUCGAGCUUCGUCGCCCCUCCGGGGAAUCCCCUUACGCGAAAUACGAAAAGCAAACGUAACGAAGAUCCUAUGUUCAUCGAGAAAAGCACCAACUUAAUACCGGUGAACGAAAUCAAAUUGAAGUCGAAUCAAAGAGGAAAAUCGGGACUCCAACUGAUUAGAGGAAAACGUUGGAUUAAGUACUCCAAGAAAAAUAACAGAAGAAAACACAUCGGCAAAGAUUUAAACAUAAACUUCAAAAAGCAAGAGGUGAAACCGAACCCGAAUAAAAGCAAUGUAUCCUUAGAAGGUCAGGCCUUAAAGAAAACGACUCGAGUUAAAAGCAAGAAUACGGGAAAAGAUCCAUUUUGGGAUAUGGCAACAAGCUUUUGCAAGGGGAUUGGUCAGGACGAGAACGACCAAAUGCUACAUUGGUGUAUCGAAAAGGCCUUAAGGAGGCUGCGUUCCAUCGAUAUGAAACUAACUCGUCCAACAGUAACGGCAGAGCCUACAGAAAAUCCUGAAAUUGUGAAAGGUGUAGUAACACUCGAACAAACAGUCCCGCAGGAGCGUUUUAAAACCACAAAAAUGGCAACUGAAUCAGACGAGAUUUUCACAACCGUCAUGUCCCCGUCUACCAGCAACCCAGACACCGUUAGUUCGCCGGCGUCUACCGGGGAAGCGGAAACAACAGAUUCCGCCUUAUUCUUCCCAGACAAUGACCAGCUAGAAUCGAAUUUGAAACAAUAUGAUGUGAAACCAGAUACGGAAGGGACGGUGUAUUACGAUGGCAGCGUACAUGCUAGUCAAUUUGAACACCUGAACUUAGUCGCCAGUAUUCCAUGUUAUUACCUGCGUAUUAUAUCAUCUGUCAUAGAUGCUAAGGCCUAUUAUUAUGUUCAUGUUUCACCCUGUAUCUCGGAAGACGGCCCCGAGAGCGAUGGCAUAUCGGAUCUACUCCCCGGCAUGGAAAGCGAUUCGCGGGUGGACGUUGACCCCCUGGCCUUGGACCUCCAGCAACGGAGGCGAGCGUACGUGCGAAGAAUAAACGAAGACAUCAUGCGUCAAAUGAAAUCCGGU